AAUAUUAUCGUUACCGUUGUUCUUUAUAAGUGUCCACCGAACGUAAUAUCAACUCAAUAGAAAAUAUUCUUUUUCUCUUUUAAUUUAUCUUUGCUGUUCUCCAUCAUAUGCGAGAUUCUCUUUAUUCUCAUCUUGUUCAAUAUUUCUCACUUAUUAGCUCGAAUUAAAUAUUAAUUCUGAUCUUUCAGUAUCAUUUUUUGCUUAUCUUUUAUCUCAUCUUUCACUAUUCUUACUAUAAUUACAACCAUUGAUUAAUCGAUAAAGCGAGGGAAAACUACCUUUUGAUCAUCUUAAUUUACGAAUAUUUUUCUUUUGUUGGUUAACAUUUUACAUAACACUAAUUCACCAUGUCCUCUGCACAAGCUUUUUGUCUCCGACGUAAUAACCAUAGUUCAGACAUGUCUGAGCACUUUGAACGAAUGUUUAAAGAAGAAUCUUUGGUUGAUGUAACUCUCUCUUGUAAAGAUGGUAGUAUUCGAGCUCAUAAGAUGGUUUUGAGUGCUUGUUCUUCGUAUUUCAAGAACAUUUUCAGCAAAUUCAUUAACCCAUAUCAAUAUCCAGUUGUCAUCAUGAAGGACGUACCAUUUGCUGAUCUUAGAGCUAUAGUUGAGUUCAUUUAUCGAGGUGAAGUAUUUGUACCUCAAGAACAAUUGGCAUCGGUUCUUAAAUCAGCCGAAUCAUUGAAAGUAAAAGGAUUAUCCGAUGUCAAUGUGAACAAAAGUCAACUGCAACUUCCUCGACAACAGCAGCACAUCUCUGGUGAGCACAGCGCUGGUCAACUUGGUGCUAAUGUUCCAUUACAACACAUUUCUUCGGGUGUUCAUGGUCAAGCUGAAUUCGCUGCUACCCAAUCUCACAAUUUCUUAUUGACUAAACAAGGAUAAGAUCAUUUUACUUGCAUCACAUUUGGUAAACAAAUAAGAAGAACUAAAAAAUCAAACAUCCUUCACGUUCUUGCGAUUUAAUGAGAAGCAGCUAUUGUAUAAAUGGCAUGGAUGUUAUUCAUCAUUUUUUUCUCUCUCACUCUCUUUUUUUCUCUUUUUUUCUUCAUGUUUCUGUCCACCUUAACCUUUUCUCUUCUUUUCCUCUAUCAUCCAAUUAUCAUCGCUAUUAAUAAAGACUGAUAUAGAAUCAAUUUUGUCCUCUA